UGUCCCAGAGGGUGCACGUGGGCUCGGGUUUGGGAACUUGCUGGUUGGGGCAUGGAUACCCCGCUGAGACGCAGCCGGCGGCUGGAAGGCCUAAAACCCGAGUCCCCCGAGAGUCCCACUUCAGUGUUGCGGGCGAGACGGGCCCUUGUGGAGUUCGAGUCGAACCCAGAGGAAACGAGGGAGCCCGGCUCUCCUCGGAGUGUGCGGCCACCUGGCCUGGGGUCCCCCCGGCGUCAGCAAGAUCCAGGCCUGGUGUCGCCCCCAAGACAGCCGGAUUCGAGUCCAGAAUCCCCCCGACUACAGCCAACGCCAAGUGGGGAGUCGCCAAAGUGCUCCCAGGGCCAAGAAGAACCGGACUCGGAGUUGGCCCAGAGGAAGGAGGAGCUGGCCCCGGGGUCCCCACGACAUCAGCUGCAGCCGGGCUCAGGAUCUUCAGAGCCUUACCCCGGUCAGCCAGCGCCGGGUCCGGAGCCCUCGCCGCCGCUACAGGAGCUGACACCCCCGUCACCUGGCUUCCCCCGGGGUCAGCGCGAGCCGAGCAAGCCACCUGCGGCCGGGGAGCCGGGGAGAGACGGCCUCGGGCCAAAGAAGCGAAAAGGUUCUCCAGCCCGGGCCCCAGCGUCCAAGAAGUUGAAGGAGGAGAAUGAGGUUCCCCUGAUCCCGAAGGGAAAGCCCAAGUCGGGGCGGGUGUGGAAGGACCGCUCCAAGAAGAGAUUCUCCCAGAUGGUUCAGGACAAGCCCCUGCGCACAUCCUGGCAGCGGAAGAUGAAGGAACGGCAGGAGAGGAAGCUGGCCAAGGACUUUGCCCGGCACCUGGAGGAGGAGAAGGAGAGGCGUCGGCAGGAGAAGAAACAGCGCCGGGCUGAGAACCUGAAACGCCGCCUGGAGAAUGAGCGGAAGGCAGAGGUGGUCCAAGUGAUCCGAAACCCCGCCAAGCUCAAGCGGGCGAAGAAGAAGCAGCUGCGCUCCGUCGAGAAGCGGGACACCCUGGCCUUGCUCCAGAAGCAGCCACCCCAGCGGCCAGCAGCCAAGGUCUGAGCCCCGGACAGCCCGAGGCCUGCUGUGGCCAACCACCACGUCAGACACGGCACCUCUCGGGCCACUGGUCACACACCUCUGCUGGACCCGGCACUCCAGCUCUGUGGUCCCAAAACGGGGACCCUACUUGAGAUGGGCUCUGAGCUUUUGAGGCUCUUGGGCAGGGCUUUGUGGGACGGGCCCAGAGGGAGCCUGGGACCUGGCGGAGACUGGGGGAGGGAAGAGGUUCAGCCGUGCCCCCACCCGCCCCCUUUGCCCCUCCUCCUCCAAGUGCCUUCAAACCAAGAAGAGUAAAUUCUUCUGGUUCCUCAGGGAGCUGGUGACUGAAGGGUGACUUGCCAAAAUGUGUAUGUUCUAUCUCAAGGUCCUGGUCCAGCCCAGGCCAGGAGCCAGCAGUCAGGAGUCCAGCUCCCUGUACACCUUCCCAAAGGCUGCUUUGGGUACCUCCGCACCCUACUGACCCCAUCACCCAGCAAACUGAAUCCAGCCUUGCCCAACUUUUCAACAGGGAAAGAGUAACAUGAGGAGGUUGCAGGGAGCAGUUUCUUUCCAGCUCCCUCUUUCCUGUACCACACUCUGCAGAAACCCCAAAGAUCUGAUUGACUUGUGCCAGCCAGUCUGCAACAAAAAUAUUUAUUGAAUGCCUGCUCUGUACAGGCACAAAUCUAGCUACCAGGGAAUCAGACAGAAGUCCCUGCCCUCAAGGAGCUUUCAUUCUGAUGGAGAAAAUACAGUGAAGUAGUAAAAUA